AUGUGUGAUAUAACGAAUAUUGGAAUGUUAACUAUACAAGAGACUCUAAAGGAACUGGUUGUUUGUUUAUCAAACACAUCGAUAAUGUUUGGUGAUGUUCCUCCUCUACCUACAUGUACGGAAUCAUAUGCCUUCCAGGUGGCUGGUCAUUCUCGAGAAAAUGCAAGUAGUUUCGAAAUACUUCGAGAUAAAUCUAAACCAAUCAUUUACAAGUCAUUACAAGAUCGUGAAAGAGGUAUGCGUGAAGUGAUGUUUUACCAGAAUGUGUUUUCUGCGGAUGCUUCGGAAGCACUCAAACGUCUUCGUCAAUUUAUUCCAACUUAUUAUGGAGUUUUUCAAUGCCCAGGAACUAAAGCUUACUACAUGGCUUUAUCUGAUCUGGUGGCCGAUUUCAAACAACCAAAUAUAUGCGAUUUUAAAAUGGGUACAGUCAUUAAUUAUCCAGAAGACACAAUCCCAGACGAUCAAUUUCAAUAUACUUGGCGUCGUGAAUUAGGUAUUAUGUUAGCUGGUAUUCAGAUUUCCGAUUCAGUGAAUCACUGUUUAAUCAAGUUGAAUAAAGCAUUUGGACGCACUUUAACUCCAGAACAAGUUUAUUCACUUUGUGUAAAACCAUUUCUAGGUGCAGAUCCUACCUAUAGUGUUAAACUUGCUCAAAAUUAUAUCAUACAACUUAGUCGUAUUUUAAAUUGGUAUGUCGAAUAUGGUGCGAAAGAGCUCACAUUCUGUCGUUCCUCACUUUUAUUGAUUCAUGAAUCAUUGGCGAAUGACAACAGUAAUAAUGACCAUUGUCUUUCUGAAUCAUGUUCAUCAUCAUCUCCUAUAUCACCAUCCACCACAACAACAGUAGACAAUCAGUCAGUCAAUAGUUCAAAUGAUAUUAUCAACUCCGAUAUUACUAUUUCUUCGAAUGGAGGCAAUAUUAGUAACACUAGUAGUGGCAGUAGUGGUAAUAAUACUGCACAUACAGAGGUUUAUUUAAUUGAUUUUGUGCGUUGGAAAGCUAAAUCAUCUACUGAUGUCAAUGAUAAUGGUGGUUGUAGUAAGGAUUGUUGGAGUUGUGAACUAACUGACGGUUUUCGGCAUGGAUUGGAAACAUUGAUCGGGUUAAUGCAACGCGUGGUUAAUACAGAAAAUUCAGCUGAAAUGUAA